GGCUUCUCGGCCCGGUGACGGAGGAUCCGCUGCUGGAUGCUGGAGGAGGAAGCAGACGAUCACCGACCACCGGAGCAUGUCAGCCGAGAGACGGUUUACUGUACCGCGUUUCACCGGGAACAUCCGGAGCUGCUCAGCCCAGAACCCCUGACUCAUCCCCGGAUCCACUGAACGGAUCGAGCCGCUGCUGCCGCGCAGGAAACGGUCGGUCGGAGAGUCAAGAAGCAGAAUCAGAUCCGCCCAGCAGAGAUGGCGAAGGCAGACCAGCGUUUUGGCCAGCGGGAUGGUUCUGACCAGAACUUCGACUACAUGUUCAAGCUGCUGAUUAUCGGAAACAGCAGCGUGGGGAAGACGUCCUUCCUGUUCCGCUACGCCGACGACUCCUUCAGCAACUCCUUCGUCAGCACAGUCGGAAUCGACUUCAAGGUGAAGACGGUUUAUCGCAACGACAAGAGGAUCAAGCUGCAGAUCUGGGACACGGCGGGUCAGGAGCGUUACCGAACCAUCACCACGGCUUACUACCGCGGUGCCAUGGGCUUCAUCCUCAUGUAUGACAUCACCAACGAGGAGUCCUUCAACGCCGUCCAGGACUGGGCCACUCAGAUCAAGACGUACUCGUGGGACAAUGCUCAGGUCAUCAUGGUGGGAAACAAGUGCGACAUGGACGAGGAGCGAGUCGUCCCUCCGGAGAAAGGAAAACACCUGGCCGACCAGCUAGGCUUUGAGUACUAUGAGGCGAGCGCUAAGGAGAACAUCAAUGUGCGACAGGUCUUCGAGCGUCUGGUCGACAUCAUCUGCGUUAAGAUGUCAGAGCGCGUCGACGUGGAGGCACCGGCGGCUCCCGGAUCCAAAACCACCAGACUGACCGACAAACCGGCCCAGCUACCUCAGAAGUGCUGCUGAUCCGAUCCACCAACCAGUUCUAACUAUCGUAACAUUCCUUCAUCCUCAUUCGCUCUGCUUCAGUCCAUGUUAGUGAGCUGUCGAUAAUCACUGCGCCUGCUGCUGACCUGCCAACAUUCAAACAUCAUCCUCUGAACUCUGCAGCCUCGGUCAGUCUGACGGGCUGAAAGGUCGCUGGGCUGCUGGUUGAAUGUUUGCUGUUCAAACUGAUGUUGAAACUAAUGAAUCACAGAGGAGGGAGGAGAACCAGUUAGUUCAACAGCUGCUCGCCUUUAAUAAGUCUGCAGUCGAAGGUUUCUGUCAAAGUUCACCAAAGCUGAGGUCAAAGAUUCACUUUAAGCUGCAGAACAUCAAAUCAGAGUUAUUUCACAAAGAUGUGGAUUCUGUUCAGCUCACUUAUGAGUUAUGUGGGAUCAAAACUAACUUUUGUAAAGUAUUUCGGCUGAAUUUCUGAGGUUCCCAAACCACCCUUGUUUUUUCCAUUUUCAGGGUCAGUAAUUAAACUGGAUCCAUUCAGUCGUUCUGAUCUGAUGGAACUGUUAUGUCUGUUCUCACCACAUCUCAUGGAUGUUGGAGUUUUAUCUCUGGAGAUACUGAACCUUUAAAAUGGUUAAAAACAGAUGAAAUUUUCUACAUUCAGUCAAAAUAUUUUACAGAUCUUUGUUCCAUCCAUCAUCCAUCCAUCAUCCAUCCAUCCAUCCAUCCAUCCAUCCAUCCAUCCAUCCAUCCAUUUUCUUCCUGUUAUCCGGGGUCGGGUCGUGGAGGCAGCAGAUGAAGCAGGUCAUUCCAGAUGUCCCUCCCCCCAGUAACACUUUCCACCUCUUCUGGGGGAUCCUGAGUCGUUACCAGGCCAGAUGAGAUAUAUAAUCCCUCCAGUGGGUUCUGGGUCUACCCCGAGGUCUGCUCCUAGGCGGACGUGUUCGGAAAACCUCCAAAGGAAGUCUCCCCGGAGGCAUUCGAAUCAGAUGUCCAAACCACCUCAACUGGUUCCUUUAGAGGUGAAGGAGCAGCAGCUCUACUCUGAGCUCCCUCCAGAUGUCUGAGCUUCUCACCCCAUCUCUACCACCCUACGGAGGAAGCUCAUUUCAGCCGCUUGUAUCCACAAUCUUGUUAUUUCGGUCACUACCCACAGUUCAUGACCAUAGGUGAGGGUAAAUCGAGAGCUUCGCCUUGCGGCUCAGUUCCCUCUUUACGACAACGGCUCAGUAAAACGCCCACAUUACUGCUGACGCUGUACCAAUCCUCCUGUCCAUCUCUCGCUCCAUUUUCCCAUCACUCCUGAAUAAGAUCUCGACAUAUUUGAACUCCUUUGCUUGGGGAAGCAACUCCCCCCCAACUCCGAUCUUUGUUUUGGUUCCUAAAUAACAUCAAGGUGAACUGAACAGAAUGUGAGAAGGUUCUGUGUGAACUGACAGACUGAUCUCCAUCCCGUCAUCAGAACAAACAUCUGGCCUCAGCUGCUCCAGAUGUUCAGUCCCGUCAGACUGAGCUGCAGCAGCGUCUCAGCGCAGCACUGCCUCCUCUCCAAGUGUAGCACAACAUGUUCAGUGUUUACAGCCUCCAUCCCACCCGUCACCGGCCUCACCUGUGCUGCUUCUGGCUCAAACACACUUUAGGGCUACAACACCAGCGCUGCAGGGCUGGAAGGCUGCAUGGCUGCUGAGCUGCAGAGCGCCAUAGGGCUGCGGGGCUGCAGCUGUGUCGCUCUGCAGCUCAGCAGCUUUGGGUGUUUGUGAUGAACUCGGUUCCCCUCAGCAGGUGUUGUCAUGUAGCCGCCGUGUCGCCGUGUUUCCUACCCGAAGGUAUGUGUGAGUGUGUGAUAUUAGUCAGACAUGUUCAUCCGGUCAUCAUGAUAUUUAUCGUGAGGGUUCUUGUGUUUGUGUACAGUAUCUUUGACUGGAGUGUCAUAUUUUGAUAAAGUUAGCUGAGAUUCAGGAUGAGUUUCAGGAAAAAAAAAUGGAGCUGAAAAAAAGUCUUAAAUAUUCUGAAGAAGAAAAACUAUAAUCCUGCCAAACUGUUGUAUAGCGACCACAGCGCACGUUUCUGUGUGUGACUCCCCACCAUGUGUCUUCAUAUUGAUGAGAUAAUAAUAUUGACAUUGUCUUCAUAUGAUUAUUUUUUAAGUGAAUUUGUAAAUGCUAGAAUUAGAGAUUAUACUGGUGUUGAGUAUGGAUUUAUUUUUAUGCAGUGUAAACCAUGGACAAAUUCUAUAGAGAGUUUAUGUAAACUUGUUGUCUUACAGUUCACUCCUGUUCGGGGAGAAGCACAAAGUGAUUGUACAAAAUAUUGUGAAUGUUUGUAUAUUAUAGAUGCAAUUUAGUAUAAUAAAAAUCAAUCUUUAAUCAGA